UUGAAAUGACUCUUUGCGAGUAUCUCCCUUUCUCUAAUGUGUAUGUACGGAGUUUCACUUAGCAACCGGAUGGCCAGUGUUUUAACCACAAUCAAUCAGCAUUACACACAGCUACCGUCUACUGCACCAUUCCAGUGUACAACACAAAGCCGCUCCCAGACAGCGGCGUGUGGGGGAGUUGUUUGGUGUGUGUGUCUGUAGAUUUUGAAAAAAAUAUAUCGAUGAAGUUGUGCAUUAUGUUGGCGAGGAAGCAGUGGUUGAGUUCGGAGCAGUUUGUAGUCUCCACGGAUGUAGGUGACUCUACUCCUGCAGCUUGGAGUUGAGAGAAGGAUCAGCUGGAGAUUUUUUCCUCUCUCUCUCUCUCUCUCUGUGUAUCUGUCUGACUGAGCGGCCAUGUUAACGAGGAAACCCUGCUCCACGGCUGCCUAUCCUACGGGUCGGGCCGCUGACAGCUCGGUGUUACAGCCCGAUUACAGAACGGGAACCGAUUGCUCGGAGAGACAGAGAGGCGGAGCAGGAUCUCGGCUGGGAGACCCGCCAUCGCCCCUAGGAUUACCGCCACUGAAGAGUCACACGGUUGGAGGUAACAAGCACACAAUGAAUGACCACCUACAUAUUGGUACCCAUGGACAGAUUCAGGUUCAACAGCUCUUCGAAGACACUGGCACCAAAAGGGCAAUUUUGACUACACAACCCAAUGGCCUCACUGCAAUUGGUAAAACCUCAUUACCAGUGGUUCAUGACAAGCAAUUGGAGAGUUCACAAAGGCGGCAAGGAAGCUCUGCAUCAGUAAAGUCAACAGACUGUUCUCCAAAACCCAAAUCCACAGUUAUGACCCCAGAGCAAGCCAUGAAACAGUAUAUGCAUAAACUUUCUGCAUUUGAGCACCAUGAAAUAUUCAACUAUCAUGAAAUCUACUUUGUUGGUCCAAAUGCAAAGAAACGGCAAGGUGUAGUCGGUGGCUCAAAUAAUGGUGGUUACGAUGAUGACCAGGGUUCCUAUAUCCAUGUACCUCAUGAUCAUAUUACUUACAGAUAUGAAGUUUUGAAAGUUAUUGGCAAAGGGAGCUUUGGGCAGGUUGUAAAAGCUUAUGACCACAAACAACACCAGCAUAUAGCCCUGAAAAUGGUGAGGAAUGAGAAACGCUUUCACCGGCAGGCUGCGGAGGAGAUACGGAUUUUGGAGCACCUGAAAAAGCAAGACAAAGAUAAUACCAUGAAUGUCAUUCAUAUGCUGGAGAACUUUACAUUCCGCAACCACAUUUGCAUGACAUUUGAAUUAUUGAGCAUGAACCUUUAUGAAUUGAUCAAGAAGAAUAAGUUUCAAGGGUUCAGCCUUCCAUUGGUUCGCAAGUUUGCUCACUCCAUUUUGCUGUGCUUGGAUGCUUUACACAAGAAUAGAAUUAUACAUUGUGACCUUAAACCUGAGAAUAUCCUGCUGAAACAACAGGGACGAAGUGGGAUUAAAGUGAUAGAUUUUGGCUCAAGUUGUUACGAACACCAACGUGUAUACACAUACAUACAGUCACGCUUCUACCGUGCACCUGAAGUCAUCCUUGGGGCUCGCUAUGGGAUGCCUAUAGACAUGUGGAGUUUGGGUUGCAUUCUGGCUGAACUAUUGACAGGUUACCCUCUGUUGCCUGGGGAAGAUGAAGCUGACCAGCUUGCCUGUAUGAUUGAGUUGCUGGGUAUUGCACCUCAAAAGUUUUUAGAUCAGUCAAAACGAGCCAAAAAUUUUGUGAGCUCCAAAGGUUACCCCCGUUAUUGUACUGUUACGACUUUGCCAGACGGCUCAGUAGUUCUUAAUGGAGGACGGUCACGGAGGGGAAAGUUACGUGGUCCGCCAGGGAGCAAGGAUUGGGUCACCGCUUUGAAAGGAUGUGAUGAUCCUCUCUUUCUUGAUUUUCUGAAACAAUGCCUGGAAUGGGAUCCUGCACUGCGUAUGACACCCAGCCAGGCAUUACGACAUCCCUGGCUACGUAGACGCUUACCAAAGCCUCCAAGUGGAGAGAAAGGCUCAUCAAAGAGAGCAACAGAAAGCAGUGGUGCUAUUACAUCAAUUUCUAAAUUGCCUCCAACUUCGGGCUCAUCAUCAAAACUGAGAACUAAUUUAACACAAAUGACUGACGCCAAUGGGAAUAUUCAACAACGAACAGUAUUACCCAAGUUGGUGAGCUGAGUGUGAAUAAAUCUAUGCCAGGAAUGCGAGGAAAAUUUCUUGCCGCAUCACUGAGCCUUAUUCAAUUGAAAUUUUGUAUUUUUUAGAACUUUGUAAUUAUUCAAGUUUGGAAUUUUAAACACCAUUCUGUAGUUAAGAACUCUGAACAGUUUUGAUUUUGUAAUUGCUGGGGACCAUGGUUAGAAGUAGGUUUUUCAUGUAUUGAGUGUGAAAUGCAUUUGCUAUUCAUUUUCUUGGCAUACGAAUAAUGCACAUUGUAGGCUAAUGAAUAGCAUAUGUCAGAUAACAUUUACAGUUGUCAAAAAAUGUCAUUAUUCAUAUAAUGUGACAAAAUAAUAGCAGAUUAUUAUCCACUAUUGGAGAUUUUGGAAUUUUUUGAUUUUGCGGAUUGUGGCUUUUACUAGUCAAUAACAAAUAAAUGAAGGUCUUUUAAAACAACACCUUUUUAUAAAUCUAUGACAAAGCCCUUUACUUGAAGUGUCAUGGAAUCUAGUUUUCAGUGCCUCAUAAUCGUAUUGUAUAUACCUUCCCUGUGUUGCUAUUCUACCUGGUCUUCAUUUCUUAACUAGAUAUAAACCAACCAGGAAACCAAAAACUUUAUAAUAUCGUAUUGGUGGGUAAACCAUUUGGCUUUUUUAAAAAUCAGUUUUGGAAUUAGUUCACUAAUAUCAGAUUAUGUUGGUAAAUCAAAAGAGUUCAUUGUCUCUCUGCUCAUGAAAGGCAUUGUUAUUCCGUUACGUACUAUCAAGCAUGUGAACAAUAUAAGUCAGUUGUGUGACCAAGGAGUCUGGUCAUGGGGAAGUAUUGGUGAAAAAUCAUCACAAAAGAAUGAAGAGAUCAGUGAAGGCUCAAUGAUGGUUUUCUUUUGUACAUUUUAAGCUGGAAUGUAUUGAAGGAACUAAAUGAAUGAACUGCAUUAUCUGAAUGAACUUGGAUUGGUCUUAAAUACAUUACAUAUUCUUCUCAAUUGUAACCAAAAUUUAAAUGUUUUAAAUUGAAAGACUAAAAUUCAAAGCAUGGUCCCCAGUUAGUUAAAAUAACUUGGAAUUUUCCCUUGAAAAUAUUUUACAAAAAGAUUGGAAUUUAGGUCCUGCCCAUUUCACACAUUUAAAGGAUUAACAUCUUCAACUGUUUUUGGUAAUGUUAGUAUUUAUGUGAAAAUUUUAUAUGUUUGUAAAAUUAAUGAUACAAAAUUAAACCUUUGCAGCACUCGGAUUGGGUUUAAGCCAGUAAAUCCAGUCUAUUGUUACAGAAUGGAAUCUGAUUUUGUGUAUUUAAAAUGUAUGUUGCUUUGUCUUAGUGCAAUAUUUCAAAUAGCAGAAUAUCCUUUUGUAGUACUUUUAUGAUUUGUAAUAAAUUUUUAUUGAAUGUUAUGUAACUGUACAUUGUCACUGAAAUACCACUACAGAGAUUAUUGCUAGGUAGUGGAUUUAUAAAAUGCUACCGGAACAAUAUUUUUAUACAUGAAUUGGCCUGAAAGAUAAUCUGAGCAUUUUAUGUAUGUUCAUUUGUUGAAACACAUCUCCAAUCAAAGCUUUACUUCUAUUGCACAUUUUGUGAUUGACCUUUGAUAGUUAUUACAGCCCAUUUGUUUGUUUAAGGGAGCGGUAAGCUUUGGCUCAGUGUAGUGUGGAUUGAUCGGUACUGUACACAAAUGGCUCAGAUGGCUAAAUCACAGCUAGCUAAUUUUAGAAGUCAGUCCAGUCUCAUAAGUGGCUUGUUUGAACAUACCUGUGGUACAUGUUCUGACUUGAUAAUUCAGUGUCAUGCAGUCUCAGGUUAUAAUAAGAACAGAAGUUAAAUGACUCAGUUCUUCGCAUUGCUGUUCAGGACCAUUUAGAAUACAUCACUACAACAAAAAGAAUCAACAAUACAUGAAUGAUUUUUAUAGGCUUUGUUUUCUUAUAGCAGGCAAAUUGUGCCCUUAGUGUUAACAGUGUGCCUUUUGUUACCAGUGCCAUGUUGUAGGGUUUACAUGCAAUUGAUUAAUCCUUGAACUGUGCACACUAUUAAUGUAGCAGUUUACAUGACCGUAUUGGAUUAGUUGUUGAGGUCGUCCAGAAAGGAAAUUAAUGCACACUUUGAAUUUUAUAUUAUAAAUAUUCAGUCCGAAAUGUUUAACAGUAUAACACUAAAGGAAGAUCUAAGCUAUUGGUUCACUUCAUUAGCUGCUUAAGAAAAGCUAUAACCAAAAUAGAAAAAUGGCUACAUGUUUGUGGAGGGAUUUGUGAUCUUUUCUAUUUUGAGCUAUCCUUUUUCAUUAUUUCAUUGUAUUCAAAUUAUGUGAAGGAUACUUUAUUCUAAAUGAAAAUGUGAGAAUUUUUUUUUGACAAGUUGUUGGGAGCAAAGGCAGGGAUACAGCAUUUGACUUCUACCCUGAAUUAUAGAGAAGGGAGGGAAUAAAUUAGUAAAGGUCUGCUAAUUAUUUUAAUCUAGUGACUACUUGAUAAUGAAGAGCUCAGAUGUGAUUGAGUAUGUGGUCCACUACUAUGUUGACACACCAAGUUCAAAUUUAAUAAUUCAGUCUGAUGACUUGGGUAAGGUUCCAAAGUGUACUUGGUGUUCCUGAAUCCAUGCAGCAAUGAUAAAUCAAAACUUCAGGGGAACAGGAGGAAAAUUGAUUGGGAAAAAAGGGGAGAAGUACACGUUAUACUGGUUGGAGGGGGUACAAAAAUCCAACAUUAAGCACAAAACAUGUUUUUGGCCAUUGGAGUACAUUGCCCAGUAUGCUUCUCUGAACGUACUUUAAUAUGAUGGAGGUCAUAUUAUGUUGAGUAGAUAUGAUAGUUUAAAGUAACUUGAACCAAACUGACUGAUUAUACACAAAUGUUCCAACCAGAAUUUUUUGCAGUCCACAUUUUCAAAUUGAAAAUGUAUUGGUAUACCAAACUGACUGAUUAUACACAAAUGUUCCAACCAGAAUUUUUUGCAGUCCACAUUUUCAAAUUGAAAAUGUAUUGGUAUACCAUAAUAUAUGAAUGAAGCCAAAUGAAGAUAUUGCAUCUAAAGGAACAUAUUAAUCUAUUGAUUUGCACAAUAAUCCUGAAUACUAUAAAGAAAAUACCAAUCUGCUUUUUGAUAACUAGCCCUUUCUUCUCUUUGAUAUUCCAAACUAAUGCUUAAUUUUAGUGAUAAAUACUUCCUGUAAUAUAUUUUUAGUAAUGAAGCAUGUCAAGAUUGAAGGUCCCUAAACUAUAGGUUACCUUGGGGAAAAAAAUUGGUCCUCCUUUAACUCACAAAAUAUACAUCCUUCUGUUAAUUAUUUGUUGUGCAUUUGAAUGUAAUACAGUUAGUGUGCGCAACUGUAAUGAUCAAUUAAUAGAGGCAAAUUCUGGAUGUGUUAGUUAUUAAUUUUAAAUUUAAUUAGAUUAUUCACUUUUAGAUUUGAGCCAUUGUAGGUGCCAUAUUCAAGUUCCCUUAAGCCGCUCUAGUAUUGUACACAAAGUCUUUACCUUACCACCCACUCGCACCCACCUCCCCGCUCCCAAAUAAAUAUAGUUUAGGUAAUAUAAACUACUUUGUGCACUCUUAAAUAGGCGUUGAAAUAUAUAUCAAGAAGUUUUUGGUUAGCUUUACAGCAGAAACAUGCUUUUAUGCUGAAGUGCAUUCUUGAAGGUUUAAGAUGGCCUAGCUAAUUAUUUCAGCUUCCAAGAAAAUAUAGUUAAUGCAUUAGGGCAAAAUAAUGAUUUUUACGUUUACUUCAAAAGAGUUUUCUUAAACAAAAGAAAAUCCAAGGUAUUUGGUAUGUACCAAAAUGCAUUCCUUUUCACACAUCUAGCUAAAUGUGUAGCCAGCAAAUUGGUGUCGAAAGCAUCUGGGCGUGGUUUGUUCUGUUGAUAUCUGGUGUAGCACCAUGAUGAACUUUGUAUAAUCUUUAAGCCACCAUUGUUAAUUUUUAAUUUUGGAUGAAAUUGAAAACUUUUAAAUGAUUUUGUAGGCAUUUUGGCAUGUUUCAAGUCAAAUCUGUAUGUUACAACUCAAUUUCUGUAUUCCACAAUAUUGAAUAUUUGACUGCAGCACUGAAAUCUAGUACCAUUUUAGUUAGGUUCAUACCAGUAAAGUACAGUAUCAUCCAAACCUGAACCUUGUAGCAAUUUUUGUUUAUAGCACAGUUCUGCUAAAAUGUGUGACUUUCUAUUGCAAAGGGCAUUUAGCACUCUGAAUACUCUGCCUACCUAGCUAUGGUUGCUCUAACUGAGCAAUGGCAGAGAUUAGUUUAAGAUGAGCACCCCACAAGAUGUGUGUUUAUAAUACGCUGCAGUUGUGUAUUGUAUAUAAAUACAAUUUUGAAUAAAUACUGACUUUGUAUAUAUGUAUGUAAAAUUCUUGUGAAAUGCUGUCGCCACUUGAUGUGUUUUUAGUGGAUCCCAGUGGCCAGUUUUAUGAUACUGUAUGUAUUGUACAGCUGAUGACAGAAGUAUGACUUUUUUUAGUGAAUAUUUGGUUAAAAUUAUUG